AUGAGAUCAUUAUUAGUUGAUAAUGGUGGUAUUUAUAAUCAAAUAUUAAUUAAUUUUCAAAAUCCAAUCAUUCAUACAAUUAUUCCAUUUGUACGACAUUUAAAAUUAUAUAUAGAUGUUUAUAAUCAACAAUGGAUUCAUAUGUCAUCAUUAAUUGUUAAUACUCUAUCUGAAUUAACUAUUCUUAUAAUUGAUAAUCAAUUUGAAUUUUAUAAUGGACAAUUAUUUAGUUCAUUAUUACAAAAUAUAUCAAAUAAUUGUCAUCUUCAUUUCUAUUUACAAUUUAUUCCAGAUAUAUAUAUAAUGAGAAGAGAUAUUGAUACACUUGCUCAAAGUUUUCAAAAUGAUUUUUAUAUACAACAUCAAUCAAAUGUAACAAUUGCUUAUUGUCGAAAUUUUCAAGUAGCCAAUGAUUGUCCAUUACUUAUUUAUACAUCACCAUUUUGUGCAUCAAAAAUUACAUUAAUUAAUAAUCAACAAAUAAUAGGUGUUUGUUCUGAUUAUACAAAUUUAACUCGAUUAAUAUUUGAUCCAUGUUUUCCAAAUUAUCCUAGUAUUGCUCCUUCAAAUAAUCCAAUAAAUUUUUUAUCGAAUUUAACAUCAUUAGAAUUAAUUCAUACACCUCGAUAUCAUUCGAAUCGAAUGAUGAUUCCAUCAAAUAUUAAUCUUCGACAAAUUAUUUCAAAUAUACGUCAUAUGCAUUUUCUUAGUGUUCAAUGUUCAUCUUAUUUAAUAAAAUAUGUUUUACCAUUAUAUUCAUUUCAAUAUUUACGUUAUCUUGACAUAACUGACAAUGAUUUAAAUUGUUCUAUUUUAUGUGAUAUUCUUCAUGAAAGUAAUUUUUGUGCAAAUAUUUUUCAUUUGAAUAUAUCCGGUUUAUGUCGUCUAAAAGAUACACAUAUUAGAGAAAUUAGUAAAAAAUUUUCUAAACUUCAAACAUUACAAUUUCCUAUGAAGUUUAUAUCAUCAUUUAAUGAACAACUUGAUACAAUAGGUCAAUUUAUUUUAAUUAAAAUGCGUUUACAUUUACAUUAUGUACGUAUUUAUUUUCAACAUGAACAUUUAUUAGUUAUGUCAAUGACACCAAGUGAAAAUCAAUUAAGCGAAUGGUUAGGUUAUAAUCAAAAACGAUUAUUACAUGUACAAGCUAUUGAACUUAAUCGAAAUGAAUUAUCUGCUUGGAUGUAA